AUGCCUCCGGCCUGGGCCCUCCUGCUGCUCGCGGGCCUGGGCGGGGGCCGGGGCUGCCUGCAGUGUGACCCCGCGGUGCAGCAGACCCUGCGCCAGCUGCGCCGGGACCUCGUCCCCAGCCGCUUCGGCCGCGGGCAGCUGCGGGCGCGCGCCCAGGCCCUGCUGCUGGGCAUGGAGGGGCCGUUCUUCAGGGACUACGCCGCCGGCGUGUCCGGGGGCGCGAUCGAGGUGGAUCACCUGGACCCUGUGGCGAUCUUUGCGCAGAAUCAGAUAAACAAGCUGAGGGCUGACUCCCUGAGAGAUAGGCCUCUGCUGCAAGAGCUGGUGACUCUUAGGAGGAAGGUGACCAAGAAACUCAAGACAGGUUUAAGGUCGUAUGAACUAAAAGCCUGUGAUCAGAAAACCUGCCACACGCUAACAGAAGAGGUUCUGGACUGUGUACAUUGCCGGAAGACCAGCCCCAGAUGCAUGAAGAAGGAUGACUGUUUCGUCGACAGGCAGCCCCGCACGGCCCUGCAGUACGGCUCUGGGCGUGGACGCCCCUGGAACCAGGUCCCACUGGGCAUCGUCGUUUCCCUGUGCCUGGCUGUCUUUGCCUUCGGGGUCAUCGUGGCUUCGGCUGUUACCUACAGGCAUAACCGGAAGCUCCUGCUGCAGUAG